CGGAAAGCGAUCAGGUUUGGUAUAUCAGGAAGAGCUUCGCGAUCCGCGAGCGCUCUUGCUUUGAGAAGUGCUCGUGUCACUGAGAGAUUCUCAAGAUCCGAUAUUGUGGGGGAUAAUAUCUAUUUUUGAAGAAUUUAAGAGACGGAACCUUCCCAUCUGGAAACUAAAUAAAAAAUCGGACUUAUUUCUUCCCCUUUUCUUUGUUUUUUAAUUUUUAUACUUUUAUAAAACGACGAUUUUAGAAGAAUCGACUUCAUGCUAAUAUUUAUAUCUAUCAUCAUUUGAAACAUAAAUAUCUCGAAAUAUCUGCUUUAAAAGGAAAUCUGGGAUUUAUUGGAAGAAGUGAUAACUAUUAAAUCGAUCAAAUCGCACUGAAUAAUUACAGAUUACCAUCCUUUCUUCACUGGGAAAGCUCAUUCAGGAGCAGUUACUGAAACAGCUUAUUGUUUCUCAACUUCUGCAUUUCCCUUCGGAAUUUACUUUCCAUGUUGAAAUCUACCAUUGUUUUAUACAACUGAUUUUGUAACGACAUAAAUGUGGCAGUUUCUGAAUACGUUGUCAUCGCGACACACAAUCUUUCUUUAGCAAAGACACUCUGCAUAUUUAAUUUGGAUACAUAGCUUCCUUCAGCAAAUCAUGCACGUGGAAAUACAGGUGGCUUUGAACUUUUUCAUAUCUUUUCUUUACAACAAACUGCCAAGGCGUCGAGUGAACCAGUUCGGUGAAGAACUAGAUAAGGCCUUGAAAAGGAAAUUCCAAGGACAUUGGUAUCCAGAGAAGCCUUUCAAAGGAUCAGCGUUCAGAUGUUUGAAAACAGCACUUCCUCUGGAUCCAGUGUUCGGUAUUGCGGCCCAUGAAAGUGGGAUGGCAAUGGAGGAUCUCCAAAGAAAUUUGCCAGAAGAACUUAGCAUUUGGAUAGAUCCUGGAGAAGUUUCCUACAGGUUAGGCGAAAAGGGAUGCGUCAAGAUUUUGUACUCUGAAUCAGAAAGUUCCGAAGACCGCGCUGAUCGUGAAAUCUAUCGUACUUUCAAUCCAGAAGCCCAAUGUUUCAAACCCAUCGACUCUGUUGCAUCUCAGCUGGGAUCGAUGUCUCUUUCAUCCGGCUCUUCCUCUUCCAGCAGUCCUUUCGGGAAUUCACCCUCACCAACAUACAAGUCAUCAUCCAGCCCCAUCACUGGCUUCCUGCCAAAGGUUACUACUCCGCUCACUUUCACAACAGCGACAUUCGCUCAGACAAAAUUUGGUUCCACAAAGCUAAAGAGCAACGGCAAGAGGUCUCAACGCAUGUCACCCACAGAAUUCAGUAGCUACAUCAAGCAACGUGCCAUCAUUCAGCAACAGCAGACACAGCUUUCUCAAAUGUUUGCUCCCAUUACCUCUCAGCAAAGGCCGAGAUCCUUAUCUCCUAGCCCACCCAACAGUGGGAGUCAACAGUCGCCACAGAUAGAUGCUAACAGCUUUUUGCUUUUGGCUAAUCUCCAACAGCAGUCACCAUUCCAACCAACACCACUAAUGUCACCCAAUCAGAGACACAGUCUCUAUGAUGGUAAUUAUCUAAACGAUAUAUUUACCAAUGCGUCGUCCACUGGAUUGGGAAGCCAACAGAGCUGCAAUUCUGGUCUUCUGACUCCAAACAGCAACCCCAGCACGGCCACAAAAUCAACAUCAAAUCCACGAAUGGGUCAAGCUGUUUCAAAUGCCAAUGCCCUGUCCUUGUUUUUGGACAAGGGUUCAUUCAGCAAUGCUACUUCUCCUGUGAAUGGGCUGCCAAGUGGCUCGGUCAAUUUCAAAAGCACCGCUGAGAGCGGCAACAAGAGCUAUGGUGGAAAUAUUGAUAAUUUCAACGUUGGUGGAAUGUCCUAUCCAAACCAACAUCUCCUGAUGGCCAACUAAAUUAUUUUUAAAAUUUUUCUCGAUUACUAUGAAAAUCCUCUGAUGGUAUAAAUUCAGCCUGGUUCUAAAUCACGCGCUUAUCCAAUUAAAUUGUUCGAUAAUUAUAAUUAAACUCAAAUCAGAGGUUAUUCAGAGUUUAUUAUUCAAUAUCGAGUUUAUUCCAAGCUCUAUUAAAAUUUAGCAUUACUUUUUUUAAGCUUCAUUUAACUUAUAUUUUUAAAUACUAUCUGCGAGAGCAAUUUUUACUUUUAAAAUUUAAUUUUAAACUAUUGUUUAAGUAUCUAAAUUCUGCAUACAUUUUCAUUUUAAAACAAUUUAAAUUCAAGCUUUUUAAAUAGAUUUAAAUUAAGAAGGUUAUACUUUCUAAGACAAAUGUAACAGAAAUAAAUAAAUAUUACAAGUAACGCCACAACUUUCAAUCUUAAAUUAUAUAUCCCGAAAAAUCAGUGUUACUCCAAAACUAAAAUAUCUUAAAUAAUUCUCUGACUUGUUCAUGAGGAAGAUUUUUUUUCAGUGAGUCAGCAAAACUUUCAUAAUAAGUUCAAAGUAAAACUAGUUUACUUGGAUGCUUUUUCAUGCCAUUUUCAAAUAAAAUUAAAAUGAAAUAGUAAUUUUUCUCAAAUAAAAAACAAGAUUUAUUUUCUUAAUUGUACUGAUAAAUUACUGAAAUUUAAAAUUAUAUUUUUACCUCAAUGCUCGAUUAUUUUAGAACAAAUUUAUUUCAGAUCUUAAUGUUGCGUAUAAAAAAAGUUAAUUUCGCAAAAACAAGAAAAGUUAUCUAGUGAAUGUUUUUAUGAGAAGAGUUAUUACGUUAAAAUUACGUUAACUUGCGAUAAGUGUAAAGUUGACUUAAAACCAGACUGUUUGCGAUCAAUUCGAUGAUCAGUCUCCCUUGCUAUGUUGAGAUAUUUCUUUGGCCUUGAGUGGAACGUUAGUCUGUGAUUGAAAAAAAAAAUUCUUUUUUAACGCUUAUUAAAGACACAAAGUCUUUCAAGAAUUUGUUCGGGUAGGUAAAUGGAUCAGAAAGCAAAUGAAGUCCCUCCUAGGGAAAUUUUAAUUGUCUGCAAUCAUUCUACACUUAUGAUAAAUAAUCAUCAGGCUGCACAAAUCAUCGAUCACUUCCUCAAAAUAAUAGCUUUCUUUCUCUGGGUAGGCAACCACAUAAUUUAUUACAAAUGUCGCACACAGUGGACGAUGGACUCGCAAAAACAAAAUUGGUGCACUCCAUGCAUUAAGACAAAGUUUCAAGGAAAGAACUUUUCAAAUCUUCAUGUGAUCCACCUUAACUAAAAAAAAAAACGCCAUGCCCUCAAGCAUUUGGCAGCUAACAAUACUUUUAUCAUAAUGUUAAAGGAAUAAUUAUUUUCUGAAAAAAAUGAUAUGUGGGAACUUUUUUAAGUUUUUAAAAAAAAUAAUCGCUCAGAACUCUGUAUAAACUGAAAUGUUUGAUACGGUUAUGGAUUGAAAUGUUGCUGCGGUUUAAGUUAUUUGUGAUUUCAAUGUUGGCAACACACCGAUUCAUCGUUGUCUAGUGAGAUUAGAGAAAGUAAGUUGUGUGAAUUAGUACAAAAGUGCAUUUUUGUUGAAUAGUGAUCUUUUCCUUGUUAAAAUGUAGGUCCGUUUUUAUUGAUAUCUCUUGUGUUAUUUUAUUACUAUUAUGUUCAUGAGGAAAGGAAGACUAUUUUCUGUGACAAAUAAUUAUCUGAUUGUUGUUAAAUUUCUUUUUUUAUUUUUAUAGUUUGUUGAUAUGUGUGUAAAGAAUAUUUUAAAUUAUUUAUGUUUCGUAUUAAGUUUUAACAUUUUGCUCAUUUUGUUUCUUUUUUUUUGUGAAAUGUGAUUUAUAAAGGUUUGUGGAAAAAAAUAUUUUUCUGUACUUUUACUACAUAAUUUAGAGCUAUUUAAAUAUCAGCUUUUCAAUUGGAAGUUAAAGUUUGUGAGUGGUGCUAAAUUGCUCGAGUUUUCACCUUGUUCCAAAAUUGUUAUAACUGCAUUAAGACAUAACAGACAAUAAUAUUACAUAAAAUUGAUUGUUCACAUAUUAUAAAAUAUUAAAAAAAUACUCAAGCUUCUAAUAGAAAUCUCUAUAUAUACUUCAAUUUUCUGACAAUAAUGGCUAUUACUGAAACUUUUUUUAAAUUUUUAAGCAUUUAAAAAAGUUGACUGCAACAUUUUUGACCACUGCCUUUAAGCUUUUAUUAAUUGCAAUUCACACUUGUUGAGAUAAAAAAGUCGUCAUCAUUUUAUUUCCCAUGUUAUGUUUGCCGUCUGAAAUGUGAACUAUUUUUUUUAAUUAAUGAUUUUAAAAUAUUAAGAAUGUAAGCAAUAUGCAGAAUCCUAUAUGUUUUUAUAAAUAUCUAAAUUAUUAUAUGUUUAAUGAUCACUUAAAGUAAUGAAUAAGUUUCAUAAAAUACAAUGAUUUUAUAUAUACUGGUCAAACUGAAAAAAAUUAUAGAUAGUGUAAUUUCAAUGAAAACGGCUUUCUAUUUUUUUAGCAAAUAAGCAGCUAGUAAAAUUCAUUUAUUUAAAAAUUUAAACAAACAAAAUUAAAUAUUAGUUUUGAAUAAAGGUAAGUAAAUUUUUUUCAAGAGAAAUACUAGUUACUUAUAGCGUUGUGGAUUUGUUUUUAAGCAAGGGUUAAGUUCUUGAAUCCCUAAUUUAUAUAGUGAACUGUGUAAUUUUCAAUCAAUUAUUUUAUUUACUUAUAACUAAGUAAAAAUGACUCACUUCGUCUAAAGAUGAAUUUUCUUACUCAAUUAAAAUUCUUUAAAUAAAUAAAAAAACAACCGAAUCAUUAAGAAGAAACAUCAUUUAGUUAUUUAUAUUCUUGCGCCUUUUUAUAAAUUUUAAUAGCCUUUGUGACUUAAGAUAAUUCUCAUAUGAUUCAAGACAUUUUCCAGAGCUCAAAUCGAGUUUCUUGAAUGUUAGAUAACUGAUAAUUUUUCAUAAUAGUUUUUUUUUACAUUUAAAGAAAAAUGUUUCAGCUUGAUUGUGCUCAUUGUGUGUAAAAACAACUGCUCAGAUGUAAACUUUGUCCAAUUAUCUUUCAACGAUUUUGAUGUUCAUAUGCAUGUACAAUUCUUUGCAUUGCUUGCUAUUUUGAAUAUACUUUAACAAAUCAAAACUGAAUUCAAGUUCUUCCUAUAAAUAUUUUUAAAUAAACCGUAGUCAAAGUUGAAUUUAAAUUCUUUUAAGCCUAGAAAAUUGUUCUCCAAUCCUGUGUCAAUUAGCUGCCUUUGAGUUGGAAGUUU